AUGGCAGGACAAGGGCAGCAGAUCGACCUUGCGCAACUCUCUACGCAACAGCUAUCCCAAGUCAAGAAACAGCUAGACGAUGAGGUCCAGCACCUGACCAGCUCAUAUCAGAAUCUGCGCACGGCCCAGCAAAAAUUCCGUGAUUGCAUUGUCAGCAUCAAGAAUGGGAUCGCCAGUAGCACCAAAGGCAAGCCCCUCCUCGUCCCGCUGACUUCAUCUCUCUACGUGCCUGGAACGCUUGCGGAUACGGAGACGGUAUUAGUCGAUGUGGGAACUGGCUUUUACGUGGAAAAAGACGUUGCGAGCGCGCAGAAGUUCUAUGAAGGCAAGAUCGAAGAGCUGGGAAAGAACAUCAAGGAUCUCGAGAAUAUUGUCAACAGCAAAGCGAACAACUUGCGCGUGAUUGAAGAGGUUCUGAGGCAGAAGGUAUUGGCUGGUGGGGGACAACAGCAAGCUGGACAGGCCCCUAGUGCUUGAGACAGCCGUGAUCCGACGAGAACUAGGAGGCAGUGAGGGUGCGCCACCGCCGGAAAAGUUAUGGUUUGUAGCCUUUGCGCUGGGCAAAGACUUCGCAUCCGUUGGUGGAGGGCAGUUGCACUAGGGACAUUUCGCUACUGGGGAAGACGGUCCGGAGACAUUCGCGAGACCGAUGCGAGGACACAGGAGCAGGCACUUCGAAGAUGCGUCCAAAGUCAGCGGAGACGAGCCGGCUGCCAUGUGCACAUAAGGUAGCGAUCAUUUUCUACGGCAUGCUAUGAAUUCUGCGCUUUGGACAAGGCCAGAGAGAAUCACCGGCAGAGUGCCCAAGUUCUGGGAUAAUAUAGUCCCGAACACCACCAUCAUAGACACUAACUAGCAGUAUGAAAUCAA